AUGAGUCAAGUUCAUCCUGACUCUCCCUUGUCUCCUCAUGUUUGUAUUGGUCAUAAAUUUUGUUCAACCUCGUCUACUGUCUUCACGGUUUGGAAGAAAUCUCUCUUGCUAAAUGGCAAAGGGUUCACUGUGUUUGACUCGUUGGGACAGCUGGUUUUCAGAGUGGAUAAUUAUGCAUCCAACGCUAAAAAUGAAGUAUUUCUCAUGGACGAUGCAGGCCAGCUUCUUCUCACAUUGAGGCGCAAGAAAUGGAGUGUUGGUAAAAAAUGGGAAGCAUUCAGAGGAGAUCCCAUGGAGUCUGAGAAGCCUGCAUUUAGUCUUAUAAAGUCGCUGGGAUUCUCAAACAAAAUUACUGCCAAUGUAUUUACAAAUGGAAGUAGAAAAACCAAGGUUUGCGAUUACCAGAUCGAAGGGUCGUGCAAGUCAUCCUGCACAAUAUUCAGUGCCUCAGGAGAGAUAAUUGCACAGGUUAAACGAAAGGAAGCUAAAUCUGAUCUAAUGUUGGGGAAUGAUAUUCUGAAUCUGGUUGUGGAAGCGGGAGUAGAUCAAGCCUUUGUAAUGGGGCUGCUUAUUAUCUUUAAUCAGAUAAGUUGAUUAAUUAUAAUUUGGAGGAGAGAAUGAUCAAUGGUGAGAAGCAAGCUGGCUUCUUAUGGCGCUAGGUAUUCUGUCAGAGAGGAAGAACUUACGCAAUAUGUGCAUUGUAAUUGUAUAUAUAUUCAAUAUUUUUUGUAAGUUACA